CUGCCUUAAGACGUGCAGCCCUGGCGGCCUCCGCCACAGCAGCCGCAGCAGCCCCAGCCGGCGCAGCAGCAUGGCGCUCUGGGGGGCCUACCUGCUCCUGUGUCUCUUCUCCUUCCUGACUCAGAUCACUGCUGAGCCACCAACCCCCAAGGUGAGGAAGGCUGCAAAUGCCAAGAAAGAUGCUGUGGGCCCCAAGAUGUUCGAGGAAUUCAAGAGCCAGCUGGACAAUCUGGCCCAGGAGGUGGCGCUGCUGAAGGAGCAGCAGGCCCUGCAGACAGUCUGCCUGAAGGGCACCAAGGUGCACAUGAAGUGCUUUCUGGCCUUCGCCCAGGCCAAGACCUUCCACGAGGCCAGCGAGGACUGCAUCUCGCGCGGCGGCACGCUGGGCACCCCCCAGACCGGCUCAGAGAACGACGCCAUGUACGACUACCUGCGCCAGAGCGUGGGCGGCGAGGCCGAGAUCUGGCUGGGCCUCAACGACAUGAAGGCCGAGGGCGACUGGGUGGACAUGACCGGCCACCAAAUCGCCUACAAGAACUGGGAGACGGAGAUCACCGCGCAGCCAGACGGCGGCAAGACGGAGAACUGCGCGGCCCUGGCCGGCGCGGCCGGCGGCAAGUGGUCGGACAAGCGCUGCCGCGACAAGCUGCCCUACAUCUGCCAGUUCGCCAUCGUGUAGGGGAGCCGGCACCCCGCAGCCCACCGGCCGGGGGAGUGGCUGGGGGCGGGGCGCU